GGGGCAACCCGGAAGUGUGAGGCGGGAGCUGAAGGGGCGAGAUGGGUUGCGAUGGGGGGACCAUCCCCAAGAGGCACGAGCUGGUGAAGGGGCCUCGUAAGGUCGAGAAGGUUGACAAAAACGCCGAACUAGUGGCCCAGUGGUACUACUGCACUCUGAGUCAGGAAAAAUUAAGCAGACCUAUAGUCGCUUGUGAGCUUGGCAGGCUGUAUAACAAAGAUGCCAUCAUUGAAUUUUUGCUGGAAAAAUCUUCCGAGAAAGCCAUCAUGGAGGCUGCAUCCCAUAUAAAGAGUAUUAAGAAUGUCAUAGAACUGAACCUUACAGACAAUCCAGCUUGGGCCGGCGACAAGGGGAACACCAAGGGAGAUAAAUACGAUGACAUCCAGAGUGCUCGUUUUAUUUGCCCUAUAGUGGGACUGGAAAUGAAUGGAAGACAUCGGUUUUGCUUCCUGCGGAACUGUGGGUGUGUGUUCUCUGAACGUGCCCUCAAGGAAAUUAAAACAGAAGCUUGUCACAAGUGUGGUGUUCCUUUUGAAAACGAUGAUGUGAUUGUACUUAAUGGAACGAAAGAGGAUGUAGAAUUGCUGAAGAAAAGAAUGGAAGACAGAAGGCUUAAGAGCAAACUGGGAAAGAAACCCAAGAAGCCAAAGGCGGCAGAGACCGUUGUGAAAUCCAGUGUUGUCGAAGAUUCACCUGGACCAUCGACAGCAAAUACAGGAAAGGACGCCACAACCAUUAUUUCUGGAGAAAAGAGGAACAUUGCCUUCUGCAAGGGUACAGCAGUUGAAGAAAGCACGUUGUCUUCAUCUGGAAAAGGCAGCAAAAAUGCAUCUGGGCCCCUCAAGCGAUCUGCUACAAAUAAGGAAGAGAAAUCAGAAGCAUACAAGUCUAUUUUUACUUCCCACAGCUCGGCCAAACGCUCCAAGGAACAGUCUUCCAAUUGGAUUACUCACACAGCUUACUAUUUCUGAAGCAGUCCAGUCCGUGAUUCCUAGCAAGUCC